AUCCCUACUUAGCUAAAGGUGGUUUUAAUUAGUCCUUGGUAUCUUAAAAUUGUGCUUAUGACUGUACGAAAUCAAUCUUCUUGACAGGUCAAAAUGAGGGCGAAGUAAGGAAGAAUUAAAGCGAUACAAGAGGUCCAAGGUGACCCUUAGCAGCGGCAGGUUAACACUAGUAUUUACGUCAAAAGAAGUACAUAAGGUAUCACUGGUACAACAGAGUAAUGGCUGAAGGCUAUCCUGAUAAAGGAAAGGUUUUUAAACUGACAGAUUCGACAGGUUCUAAAAAGACAAUCGUAAAGUAUCAACAUAACUACAAGGAAUUCUCACUAAAAUGUAAGCAAAAGUUUGGCAUACCAGAAAGAGAGACUAUUAUUUUUGAAACAGAAGACGGCUUUGAAAUUGACGAAGAAUCCAUACCGGAAUUUGAUAAUUUUUCGAUACUUGUUUUGCGUCAACAAAAGGCAUCCGUUUGUAAUGAAUAUACUGACGAAAUUGGUAUUGGGUCCGCUGAGUGGUCAGAUCCUGCCGUAGAAGACAUAACAGCAGGUGCUAAGGAAAUAAAACGAAAAUUGAAGGAAUAUGGAGAUGAGAACGUUGAGGAAAUUGUACGGUCUAGCGUUGAUGAAUGGAAAUCUUCGCCUUUGAAUAUAUGCGUCACAGGCUCUAGUGGAAACGGAAAAUCAUUUCUAAUUAAUGUACUACGUGACGUCAAAGAUCCGAAAGAUAAAUCAUAUGCCAAGUCUGGUACGACAGAAACAACAUACGAAUGUAAAGAUUACCCACAUCCAAAAUAUAAAAAUAUUAUAUUAUGGGAUGUUCCGGGAGUCGGAUCGCCGAGAUUUCCAAAGAAAACGUAUUUAUCCGAUAUUGUGGUCGAUCGGUAUGAUUUCUUCCUUAUAUGUUCUUCUGCCAGAUUUAAGGAACACGAUUCAUGGUUGGCCGAAGAAAUAAAGAAGAGACAUAAACGUUUUUAUUUUCUCCGCACAAAAGUUGACCAGGACAUAGACUGUGCAUGUCGUGACAAGGGCAUAGAAAGCUUUAACAGGCAAAAUGUGCUUGCGACCAUCCGGAAUUAUUGUGAAAGCUAUCUUCCUGAUAAUGCAGCCGUUUUUUUGAUUUCAAGUUAUCAUCCGACAGAUUAUGAUUUCCCAUUACUUUUGGAACGUCUUGUUGACGAUGCCCCUUCGGAACAAAAACAUGCGCAUGUUUUUGGUCUAUGUUUAACUUCUAAAGAAUUGAUUGAAAGGAAAGCAAAAUUUCUAGAAGGAGAGAUUUGGAAAAUUGCAUUUCUGUCAGGAUUAGCAGGUGUUGUUCCCCUACUAGGCUCCGAUAUAGAUAUAGAUUUAAUUUACAAAACUGUCAAAACGUACAGGGAAAUCUUCAAAUUGACAGAUGAAGAAAUAAACACAUUUGCCGUCAAUACCGGUGUAACACCCGAUGUAUUUAGAAAAGCUGCUGGUUUAAAGCUAGGACCAGCAAUGUUUACAUCUGCAGGUAUCGUUAGUUUAAUAUCGCCGGAAUCCGCUUUACAGAAUUUCAGAUUUGGUGUUUCUAUUGUUCCCGUGAUAGGCUCUGCUGUUUCUGGAACAUUGUCUUACAAUAUAACAGGAAGAAUUUUAAAGAAACUGCUGAAUGCCUGUAAAGAUGACGCCUUAAAAGUAUUUGAUUUUGUUGAAGCACGACAGACAUCUACUGAAUAGGUUCAAUAUAACGUUAAUAGACAGAUAAUUUUUGCAGAACCAAAGAGGUCCGACUUAACCCAACACAUCUAUAUGGUUCCUUACAACAGUAGAUACCUCAGCACCACAAUGUCGUGUACCCUUAGUGUUUGUUAAGCAUAUUAUUAUCAAGGUGUGUGUGGGUGCGUGCUUGCGUGUUUAAUGUCUUUUCAACAACUCUGUGUGUGUGCGUGCGUGCGCGUGCGUUCGGAUUUAACGUCUUUUUCAACACCGUUUUGGUUUAAACCAGGAUUCCGUUCAAAUAACAAUGUUAGGUUUAGUUGACUGAUUGAUGUUUUUAUGUAUAUUCUUUGUAUCAUAAAUUACCUUUUAAUUGACAAGAACUUUAAAGAGGCCUUUAAAGUUUAUUCUUGAAGUGAGCUAUAUGUUCCUUAGGAUAUUCGUAUUUAUACUAAAUUUAGAACGAUGCUUUAUUUUGUUCCUUUUGGACGGAUGUA